AUGGAGCCUCUGGAAUCAGUGACGUUUGAAGAUGUAGCGAUCAACUUCACCCAGGAAGAGUGGGCCCUGCUGGACACAUCCCAGAAAACCCUGUUCAGAAAUGUGAUGCUGGAAAAUAUCACCCACCUGGUCUCCGUAGGGUAUCAGAUCGGCAAAUCAGAUGUGGUUUCCCAGCUCGAACAAGGAAAAGAGCUGUGGAGUGAAGCAACAAGAUGCCUCCAAGGCCAGAGUCCAGAUGGUGAAAGUCCGCUUAGACAAGAAAUGAUAUUCACGCAAAUUGUCCACAGGAAGCACAUAUCUGCCACCAUGCCAAUGCAGGUUUCUCACAUGCAAGGGGAUCCUGUUGGAUGGAUUGAUUUGAGUGAUGAAUUUACUCCUAGAUCUUCACCUCAGCAUUCACCAGUUCCCUUAAGAAGGAAAAGUAAUGUCAGCAAACAGCAUGGAAAAUCACUUAGUCAAGGGUCAUUCCUUGACGGACAGGAUCACAUUCACACUAGAGCUAAAUCAUUUGAAUGUCCUCUAUGUGGGAAAGCCUUUAGUACUUGCUUUAGGCUCAGGCAACACAAGAUCAUUCACACUGGAGAGAAACCAUAUAAAUGUCAUGUGUGUGGGCAAGUCUUCAAUCAAAGUUCCCACGUGAAACGACACAACAAAACCCACACUGGAGAGAAACCACAUGUAUGUCUUCUGUGUGGGAAGGCCUUCACUCAAAUUUCUGAACUGACUCGGCACAAAAGGACCCACACAGGAGAGAAACCCUAUGAAUGUCAGCGCUGUGGGAAUGCCUUCAGUCAGCGUGCAAACCUGAGAAGACAUGAGAGAACCCACACUGGAGAGAGGCCCUUUGAAUGUCAGCGGUGUGGGAGAUGCUUCAAUCGUGUCUCUUCCAUGAGACGACAUGAGGGAACCCAGCACGGAGAGAAAGUCAGGAGGGCCCUCAGUAUACGUUCUGACCUGAGAUGA